AUGAAAAGUCCUACCAGCAGGAAGGAAGUCCAGAGGUUGACAGGGCGGGUGGCCGCCUUAAAUCGUUUCAUAAGCUGGGCAACAGACAAAUGCUACCACUUUUUCAAAGCUAUAGGGGGCUCCUCCAACUUCGAGUGGACCCAGGAAUGUGAAGAAUCACUCAGGAGCUUGAAACAGUCAUUACAAGAGCCCCCGAUCUUGACCAACCCCUGCCCCGAGGAUGUGUUGUGUCUCUACUUGGCAGUCUCACCAAGAGCAGUCAGCGCGGUGCUGGUGAAAGAGUUCUCAAAGGCGCAAAAACCAAUCUACUAUGUGAGCCAAGUAUUAAGGGGCGUGGAGGAAAGAUACAGCCUGGCUGAACAGCUGGUGUUAGCAUUGAUGGUAGCGGUUAGAAAGUUGAGGCCUUACUUUCAGUCUCAUACGGUACAAGUAAUGACCGACCAACCUAUCAAGCAGAUCCUACAUCGGCCCGAGACCUCUGGAAGAAUGUUGAAAUGGGCAAUCGAGUUAAGUGAGUUUGAUAUUGAAUUCAGGCCAAAGACGGCUAUUAAGGCACAAGCUCUAGUAGACUUCAUCGUUGAACUCACCCUUUCGCCCGAGCACCCACCAGGGAAACAGGCAGAUUGGAAAAUUUUUGUCGAUGGAUCUUCGAACGACGAAGGAUCCGGGGCCGGGAUCAUAAUGAUAGGUCCGAAUGGGGAAGAGUUGGAAUACUCGUUGCGUUUUGAAUUCCCAGCUACAAAUAACGAUGCCGAGUACGAGGCAGUGAUCACGGGUUUAAGAUUGGCAGCUAGACUCAGGAUAUCAUCAGCAGAAAUUUGCAGCGACUCUCGAUUAAUAAUUGGGCAAGUGACGGGGGAGUUCGAAGCAAAAGACGGAAAGAUGGCAGCAUAUUUAAUGGAGGUCAAAAACUUGCAGAAGGGGUUCACCAGGUUUAAGAUAACUAAGGUCCCGCGAAAGGACAAUGAGCGGGCAGACACUCUGGCCAAACUCGCAUCCGCUAACCCCAGACGUCUGCCUCGCACAGCAAGCGUGCAAAUUCUGCGGCAACCUAACAUCCCACACACGACCGAUGUCAUGAAUAUAGAGCAUGAGGGGAGUUGGAUAGACCCGCUUUUUGAAUAUCUAACAAAGAAUAAAUUGCCAGAAGAUGAUUUCACGGCGAGAAGGCUAAAAAUUCGGGCAGCCUCGUUUGCCGUCAUUGAUGGACUGCUCUACAAACGAGGUUUCACGAUGCCAUAUUUGAAGUGUUUGCGACCAACAGAGGCACAGGAGGUGCUAGUCGAGGUACAUGCGGGAAUUUGUGGCAACCACCAAGGGGCCGCUUCCCUUGCGUUCAAGACGCUUCGACAAGGGUAUUAUUGGCCUAGUAUGAAGGAAGAUGCUAAGGAUUUGGUUAGGAAAUGCGAUGCAUGUCAACGCCAUGGGAAUUUGAUCCACAUUCAUGCUGAGCAACAGACGGCAAUUUUCGGGGUGUGCCCUUUCUUUCAAUAG